UAACAGCUGGAUCUACUGUAUAUCUGCAGAUCAGCAGACGUGCUGGAGGGACUCACUGCAGCUGAGUGGAACACCUGACUGACAUUCUGUGGAACUCGGGACACAGUUCAAAUCCCUGUGCCACUGCAUUGAUCGUCAAAUCCAGAGCCCCUGUGAAUAAUCCAUACAACAUAUCAAGCAAGGAGCUGGCCAAGGAUCUGGUCAAGAUGGAGAAUUCAGACACGAAGCAAAAAUACUCGUUGCACCAUGGUCCGCUGUCUGGUAUAUUUCUAGAGAACACAAAAGAGAAGAUAACAAUAUAUCAAGCCAUGAAAAAACGUCUGCUGAAACCAGGAACAGCCCUGGCUCUGCUAGAAGCACAGGCGGCCACAGUGGGCAUCAUUGAUCCAAUAAAUAACAGAAUACUUUCUAUUGUUGAUGCUGUUAGAGAAGGAGUUGUUGGCCUAGAGAUGAAAGAAAAACUUCUUGCAGCUGAGAAAGCUGUCAGUGGUUACAUAGACCCCUACACCAACCAAGUCAUAUCCUUAUACCAAGCAAUGCAGAAAGAUUUAGUCUCCAGAGAUUAUGGAUUGAGACUGCUAGAAGCACAGCUGGCCACACAAGGCCUGGUUGACCCCACAGAGAAAAAAGCCAUAGCCAUUGACGAAGCGAUACAAAAAGGUUACUACGAGAAGGGAUUGCUCAAUGAUAAAAUAUUAGAGCUUGGAGUGUACUAUGAGCCAGGUACACAAAAAAAUCUUACCUACCAAGAACUGCUGGAGAAGUGCACUGUUGAACAAGAAACAGGCCUGUUGCUACUUCCUGUCUGCAUCACCUUCAAAGGUCUAAGAAGAGGAAUUUCCUCCACUGAACUCUUUGAAUCAAAGAUCAUCAACAAAGAAACUUACAAAGACCUACAAGAUGGAAAGACUACAACACAGAAUGUGCUGUUGAUGGAAACGGUGAAAGAAUACCUUGAAGGCAAAGGCAGUAUUGCAGGUAUUGCUAUUCUCUCAUCAAACCAGAGAAUGAGCAUUUACCAAGCCAUGAAACAAAGAAUACUGAUGCCAGGAACGGCCUUAGUUCUACUGGAAGCACAAGCUGCAACAGGUUUUAUGAUCGAUCCAGUUGAAAACAAAAAGUACACUGUAGACGAGGCAAUCAAAUACAAUCUCGUUGGGCCAAAAUAUCACGCAAAACUCCGUUCUGCUGAACGUGCAGUAACUGGAUACAAAGAUCCAUACACAGGUGAAACCAUAUCUCUGUUUCAAGCACUGUCCAAAGACCUAAUUGUAAGGGAGCAUGGUAUCCGCCUACUUGAGGCACAGAUUGCUACAGGUGGGAUCAUAGACCCAAUCAACAGCCACAGACUUCCAAUAGACGUAGCAUUUCAGAGAGGCUACUUUAACGAAGAAAUGAACACCAUUCUCGAAGAUUCAGGUGAUGACACAAAAGGAUUUUUUGACCCAAACACAGAAGAAAAUCUUACCUAUCUGCAACUGAUGGAAAGGUGUGUCACUGACCCUGUCACUGGACUAUGCCUCCUGCCACUCCAUGACAAAAUAGAAAAAGUGAAUUUCAGCUUCAUUGAUUACCAAACAAAAAUGUCCCUGAAAGAAGUGAAGGUGAACGUGACAUGUGGGAAGUACACGGGGAUGACAGUAUCUUUGUGGGAACUACUGAUGUCUGAAUACUUUGAGGAGCAGCAGAGAUGUGAUCUCAUUCAGAGGUACAGAGAGGGUCAGCUCAACAUCACAAAACUAACAGUAAUUGUUCUGGAAGUCAUAGAGAAGUCUGUGAAAACAACUAAAGUUGUAUUUGAAGGGAUCAGGGAAACUGUCACAGCCAAGCAGCUGCUAGAGGCAGACAUCAUAACUAAAGAUACCCUUGAGGAUUUAGAAAAGGGAAAAAAGUCAGUUAAAGACAUGCUGGAAGAUGAAACUGUGAAUGUCUACUUACAGGGGAAGGGCAGCAUUGCAGGUAUUCUGCUCCCCAAUUCUCAAAUCAUGACCAUCCAUCAUGCCAGGCACAGAGGACUACUGAUGCCAGGGACUGCACUGAUUUUGUUGGAGGCACAGGCAGCAACUGGGUUUGUCAUUGACCCAAUUGGAAACAGAAAAUUUUCAGUGGACGAUGCGGUUAAAGCAAGAAUUGUGGGUCCAGAUGUCUGUCAAAAGUUGCGCUCAGCAGAGAAAGCAGUGAUUGGCUACAAAGAUCCAUACGAUGGAAAAAUAAUUUCUCUGUUCCAAGCAAUGCAAAAAGAUCUCAUUGUAAAAGACCAUGGGAUCCGACUCCUGGAAGCACAAAUUGCCACUGGUGGGAUUAUUGAUCCAGUAAACAGCCAUCGGAUUCCAGUGCAUGUGGCCUAUGAAAGAGGCUACUUCAAUGAGGAGAUUAAUGAGAUUCUGAGUGAUCCAAGUGAUGACACCAAAGGCUUUUUUGAUCCAAACACUCAUGAGAACCUGACAUACUUGCAACUCAUGGAAAGAUGUGUCACAGAUCCCAGUACAGGUCUUUGCCUCUUGCCUCUCAAAGGCAAGAGUACCAAAAUAAACAUUGAUGACAAUCUUCGAAAAACAUUCGAAAUACAAGUUACUGUUAUGUACGGCAGGUUUAAAGGCAAGCACACAACACUUUGGGACCUCAUCAAUUCAGAGUAUCUUUCUGAAGACAAACGACAAGAGUUUUUCAAGCUAUUCAAGUCAAGGAAAAUCACAAUUGAGCAACUUAUUUCUGCCAUUUUAGAGAUAAUUGAGACAAAAGAGAUAAAAAAGCAAGAUGCUUUAAACUUUGAAAGUCUCAGAGGAGUAGUGUCUGUUGUAGACCUCUUGGAUCUCGAAAUUGUGGAUGAAGAAACCUACAACAACUUGAUCCAUGGCCAUGUAACAAGCACUGCUGUGAUGGAAAUGGACAGUGUGAGAAACUACCUACGUGGUAAGAAUUGUGUAGCUGGAGUGAUUCUCCAGCCUUCCAAUAAAAAACUUAGCAUCUAUGAGGCACAAAGAAUCGGUAUUCUUACACCUAACACAGCCCUUUGCCUCCUUGAAGCGCAAGCAGCAACAGGAUUCAUUGUUGAGCCAAUUAAGAACCAACAACUUACAGUCGAAGAAGCUCUCAAAGAAAAGCUCUUUGGUCCCCAUAUGUAUGAAAAGCUUUUGUCUGCAGAGCGGGCUGUUACUGGCUACACUGAUCCAUACACUGGUCAAAAGAUCUCACUCUUCCAAGCCCUGAAAAAAGAUUUGAUUGUCAAACAACAUGGCAUCCGUUUACUUGAGGCCCAGAUUGCAACAGGAGGUAUAAUUGACCCCUUAAAGUGUGUUCACCUACCCCUCCAGGUAGCAUACAAGAAAGGAUAUUUUGAUGCUGAACUCAACCAAAUACUGACAGACCCAACUGAUGAUACAAAGGGCUUCUUUGACCCAAAGACCCAUGAAAAUCUCACAUACAUGGAAAUGUUGAAUAGAUGUGUAAAAGAUAAGGAAACUGGACUUCUCCUCUUACAACUGGAUGAUACAUCAAAAGCAACAGCAACAAAGACACAGAUGUUAACUGACGCAGAAAUAAAGCAAGAGCUGCAGAAAACAUCUGUAAAUGUGUCAGUGGGUCGCUACUCAGGAAAUCCAGUCUCUCUUUGGGACCUGAUUCACUCUAAAUACUUUACAUUAGAGGAGCAACUUGAAAUCUUGGAAAAUUUCAGAACCAAAAAGAGUAGCAUAGAAAUCAUAAUCACACAGGUGGUUACUACCAUUGAAAAACUGGAGAAAACGGAAACUGUUCAAUCCGUAAUGGCUAUUAGAAAACCUGUCACUGCAGAACAACUUCUGGAUUCUGACAUUAUUGAUGCUGAGACAUUCAAACAGAUGAAAGAAACAAAGGCGGCAUUUGAAAAAGUCACCCAAUGUGAAUCUGUCAAUAGAUACCUAAAAGGUACAGGAAGCAUUGCUGGAAUGAAAGUUUACCCAUCUCAGAAAAUAAUGAGUAUAUAUGAAGCAAAGAAGGAAAACCUUUUGACACCUGGCAUUGCACUUAUACUGCUUGAAGCACAGGCUGCAACAGGAUGGGUGAUUGAUCCUGUCAAAAACAAGUUUUACUCUGUUGAUGAAGCAGCAAGAGAAAAUGUAAUUGGAUUAGAGGUACACGAGGACCUUCUCUCAGCUGAACGAGCUGUCACCGGUUAUAAAGAUCCAUACACAAAUGCAACUAUAUCCCUGUUUGAAGCAAUAAAUGAAGAGCUGAUCCCAAGAAGUGAUGGCAUCCGUCUCCUUGAGGCACAAAUAGCAAGUGGAGGAAUCAUUGAUCCAAAUCUAAGUCUCAGGCUCCCUGUCCAUACUGCUAUUAAAAAAGGACAUCUAGAUGAAGAAUUGAGCACAAUUCUGUUGAAUGACACUGAUGAUGCAAAAGGAUUUUUUGAUCCGAACACUAAUGAACAACUGUCCUACUGUCAGCUCAUAAAGAAAUGUGAGAAAGAUUCUCAAACAGGUCUACUUCUUCUACCACUUCAUACAGAUAACGCUCCAGGGCUUCACACAGAGGAACAAAUUGAGCUUGCAUUUAAAAACAAAAUAUUUUCCAUGAAUGCUGGCAAGUACAAAAACCAAACUGUGACACUGUGGGAAGUGAUUACUUCUGAAUACAUAUCCCAACAAAAGCGGAAGCAGCUCAUUCAACAAUACAAGACAGGUUUAUUGAAAAUGGAGGAAAUUAUUGAAAUACUCUCUGUGAUCGUUACUGAAGUAUCAUCAAAAGAACAAAAGUUCAAAGGACUUAGAAAGCAGGUGUCAGCCAGUGAGCUGUAUGAAUCAAAAAUCAUCUCAAAAGAACUUUUUGAACAAAUUAUACAAGGUGAAGUAACAGAGGAGAAUAUCAACAAAAUGGAUUCCAUUCAAAAGUAUCUUGGGGCGACAACUUGCAUUGCUGGUGUGAGAGUUGAAUCUACAAAAACAGUUAUGAGCAUUUAUGAAGCUAAAAACAGACGCUUGCUUACCCCGGGUACAUCUCUGGUGCUGUUGGAAGCACAAGCAGCAACCGGCUUCGUCAUUGACCCAGAAAAAAACAAAAAACUCUCUGUACAAGAAGCUGUAGAUCAAGGAGUAGUUGGCAAAGAGUGGAAGAAUAAAUUGCUCUCAGCAGAAAGGGCUGUUACAGGAUAUAGGGAUCCAUACACUGGUGAAACGAUUUCGCUGUUCCAAGCAUUGAAAAAAGAUCUCAUUGUAAAGGAUCACGGAAUCCGUCUUCUGGAAGCACAAAUUGCAACAGGAGGUAUAAUUGAUCCAGUCCACAGCCAUCGCGUGCCUGUGCAGGUUGCUUACCAAAGAGGAUACUUUGAUGAAGAAAUGAACCAGAUUUUAAAUGACCCUGACGAUGACACCAAGGGCUUCUUUGACCCCAACACACAAGAGAAUCUCACAUACCUUCAAUUAAUGGAAAGAUGCUUCAAGGAUUCUACUACAGGUCUAAAUUUACUAUCCAUUGUGAAAAAGGGAGAGUUUUAUUUCUUUGUGGAUGAGGCUACAAAGCUCAUUCUGAAAUCCACAACAACAACCAAAGCCGGGGGCAGAUAUCAAGGAACAACAGUGUCUCUUUGGGAACUUCUUUACUCCAAAUACAUCACUGAGGAGAAGAGGAGAGACCUGGUGCAACAGUACAAAUCUGGAUCAAUCACAGUUGAAAGAUUCCUGGAAAUUAUACUGACAAUCAUUCAGCAGCAGACAGGCUCAAUAUCAACAACUGUCACAUGUCAACCACCAGUAGCCAAAGAAGACAGCAGCUUAACAACUACUACUACUAGCAUCACAACUACUACAAGCACAGAGACAACAGAAGAUCUAAAGUUCCAUGGAAUCAGAAAAGACGUCUCUGCCUCUGAGCUCCUUGAAUCACAAAUCAUCACUGAGGACCUUUUCAAAGGUCUUACGUCUGGAGAAGUAACAGUGACAGAAAUCAGUGAGAUGAACUCUGUCCGCAAAUACCUCGAAGGAACCAACAGCAUCGCAGGAGUUUAUCUGCAAUCUACCGGGGAGACACUGAGUAUCAAUGAAGCCAAGCUCAGAGGUCUACUGACCCCGGGUACAACUCUGGUGCUGCUAGAGGCCCAGGCUGCCACUGGCUUCAUUAUUGACCCAGUAAAUAACAAGAAACUGUCAGUGGAGGAAGCUGCAGCACAAGGAGUGGUUGGCAAUGAGUGGAAAAAGAAAUUGCUUUCAGCAGAACGAGCUGUCACAGGAUACAGAGAUCCCUACACAGACAAAACUAUUUCCUUGUUCCAGGCCUUGAAGAAAGAUCUCAUCGUCAAAGACCAUGGAAUUCGUCUCCUGGAAGCACAAAUUGCCACUGGAGGCAUAAUUGACCCAGUCUACAGUCACAGAGUGCCUGUACAAGUGGCAUAUGAAAGAGGAUACUUUGACGAGGAAAUGAACCAGAUAUUAAAUGAUCCUGACGAUGACACCAAGGGCUUCUUUGACCCCAACACACAAGAGAACCUCACCUAUCUGCAGCUUGUGGAGAGAUGUAUCACUGACCCCGUCACUGGCCUAAGUUUACUUGUUGUUGUGAAAAAGGGAGAGUUUUAUUUCUUUGUGGAUGAGGCUACAAAGCUCAUUCUGAAAUCCACAACAACAACCAAAGCCGGGGGCAGAUAUCAAGGAACAACAGUGUCUCUUUGGGAACUUCUUUACUCCAAAUACAUCACUGAGGAGAAGAGGAGAGACCUGGUGCAACAGUACAAAUCUGGAUCAAUCACAGUUGAAAGAUUCCUGGAAAUUAUACUGACAAUCAUUCAGCAGCAGACAGGCUCAAUAUCAACAACUGUCACAUGUCAACCACCAGUAGCCAAAGAAGACAGCAGCUUAACAACUACUACUACUAGCAUCACAACUACUACAAGCACAGAGACAACAGAAGAUCUAAAGUUCCAUGGAAUCAGAAAAGACGUCUCUGCCUCUGAGCUCCUUGAAUCACAAAUCAUCACUGAGGACCUUUUCAAAGGUCUAACGUCUGGAGAAGUAACAGUGAGAGAAAUCAGUGAGAUGAACUCUGUCCGCAAAUACCUCGAAGGAACCAACAGCAUCGCAGGAGUUUAUCUGCAAUCUACCGGGGAGACACUGAGUAUCAAUGAAGCCAAGCUCAGAGGUCUACUGACCCCGGGUACAACUCUGGUGCUGCUAGAGGCCCAGGCUGCCACUGGCUUCAUUAUUGACCCAGUAAAUAACAAGAAACUGUCAGUGGAGGAAGCUGCAGCACAAGGAGUGGUUGGCAAUGAGUGGAAAAAGAAAUUGCUUUCAGCAGAACGAGCUGUCACAGGAUACAGAGAUCCCUACACAGACAAAACUAUUUCCUUGUUCCAGGCCUUGAAGAAAGAUCUCAUCGUCAAAGACCAUGGAAUUCGUCUCCUGGAAGCACAAAUUGCCACUGGAGGCAUAAUUGACCCAGUCUACAGUCACAGAGUGCCUGUACAAGUGGCAUAUGAAAGAGGAUACUUUGACGAGGAAAUGAACCAGAUAUUAAAUGAUCCUGACGAUGACACCAAGGGCUUCUUUGACCCCAACACACAAGAGAACCUCACCUAUCUGCAGCUGGUGGAGAGAUGUAUCACUGACCCGACCACAGGACUUAGUCUUCUUAGUUUGAGAAAGUGAUGAAAAACACAAAUCCAAGCCAUUCAUAUGUAAUAUACAAGCCGGUGUAGUUUUUUUAUGGUAGACUAUUUUUUAUUACUAUUUUUUAUUAUUACCAUUUUUUCUCAAUUUAGCAUAUUUUCUACAGUUAAUCUCUUCUUUGUUUCCACUAAGUUUAUUAGAAUUAGAGUCAGUUGUUCAAUCAUUUGUAUUGUUAGAAACCUAUAUUAAUAUUUUCCUUAGAUUAAGGCUUUGUUGUUGUUUUCCAUAAAAUGUCUUACCUUCAUGUGUUUUGGCCCUUAAUAAUAGUAAAUUGUUAGUUACUUUUGUUUUAUUUUCAAUGAUUAUAAGAUUUUCAAAUUCUGAAACUCUCCAUGAAACACACAUGCUUAAUAAAUGGUACUCGUAUGUACUAAUUAAUUAAUAAACCUAAAUGUGAUGCACACAGAACUUGUUUUUAAUAAAAAAAAAAAAAA